AUGGCUUCCAUCAACUCAAUACCGUCGGAGAAAGGCGAGGACGAGGAGCGGGAUGUUCUGCAGGACGAGGGAAUUGAAGAUGAGGACCAAGAGAUCAGCACCGAACUGAGUGCGACCCAAAGAGAACAGCUCGAGCACCAGCAACAGCUGGAUGAGUUCCUACAGCCAUUAUGCUUAGAAGAGGGGUUGCUGUACAGAUUGGCGCGCCGCUUUUCCGGCACAUACCGCAACUUGGCACUGACCUCCGAUCAACAAUUCUUGCCGACUCCAGUGACUCAGCUCCCCACCGGCCAAGAAACCGGUCGGUACUUGGCCAUUGAUGUAGGUGGGAGUAACUUGAGGGUGGCGUUCAUCGAAUUAUUGGGCGAUCUCGAUCCGGAGACCAGGUCGGGAGAUGCGGGGGAGAGGUCCCAGGAGACGAUUCGCAAGGCACAACAUCAGCGGGUGAAACGAACGUUGGAGCGAGUGUGGCCCAUUCAAGAGCAUCUGAAGAUGGACAAAGCGGAGGAUCUCUUCGCGUGGAUUGGAGACUGCAUUGCGGAGGUGGUCGCCGAUAGCUUGUCAUCGGAUGCGGCAAAGAGAGACGCCCCGGCCGAAUUGGAUAUGGGAAUCACUUUCAGUUUCCCAAUUAUGCAAGAGUCCCUCGCAGAGGCCACACUGAUGCCCAUGGGCAAGGGCUUUGCAAUGGAUGCAAAUCUGAACCUGCGCAGUAUUCUGUUAAAUGGAUAUGACAAGCACACCAGGCGGCCAGAUGAUGAAGCCGAGCCUUCCUCCAAGCGCCGGAAAUUAUUUGCCCUCCCUAAGCUGAAGAUUCAGGCUAUCACCAACGACACUGUUGCGACAUUAGCUUCUCUCGCAUACACAGUCAAAUCUUUACCAAAUAGCCGCGUCGCAAUGGGUAUCAUUGUCGGAACAGGUUGUAACGCAACCAUUCCGAUGAAACUUAAUGCGCUCCACGAAUCUAAGGCCAAGAGCGUGCAUGCUAUGGAACCGACCGCCAAAGAGACCAUCGUCAACACGGAAUGGACUAUUUCGGGCGCUGCACCGCCGCUCCACGAACUCAAGAUCACGACCAAAUGGGAUGUCGAACUGGACAAAGCUUGUUCACGUCCCGGGUUCCAGCCUUUCGAAUAUAUGACUGGUGGCCGGUAUAUUGGCGAGCUAAUUCGUCUUAUCUUAUACGAAUAUCUUACCACGAUAGGAGGACUGUCAAGACGUCUUCUUCCAGCGAACCUCAUCCAGGAAUAUGCCCUCUCAACAUCCUACAUUUCGGACCACGUGGCCCGAGCCCGCUCGAGCGAAGAUCUCGCAAAAGAGCUCAAUCGCUCCCUCCCUCCUCCCGAAAGCAGUGAUUGGCGCUGGGACGCCCGUUCUGCAGGAGUCUUCCAAAAGAUCGCCCGGACGGUCCAACAACGGUCGGCCGGGUUAAUCGCCGCAGCUGUGGUUGGUUUGCUGGCCUGCUGCCGGGAGAUCGAGCUGCGAGAAGAUAGCAACCUGAACACCCCCGACAACAUUUCCUCUCCGAAGAGCAACGGCGAUUCACCCUACCCCCAGCCCGCAACCGACUCACUCGCCGCGGCUGCAAGCUUGCAGUCGAGCGCCGUGACGAACAGCUUCCACGGACAUGUUGUCCCGGUUCUCGAGCCUACGCCGGCGGACUGGCAAUCUGGCCCCGAGGAGCUGGUGGUUGCCUACACAGGUGGUAUUAUCCAGCAUUAUCCGCAGUUCAAGGAAAUGUGUCAGCAGCAUAUCGACCGGCUGAUCAUGCGGACUGGCCCGCAACGAGGCGGCAAAUCGGUCUUCCUACGGGAGGCCUCUGAUGGUGGUGUUAUUGGUGCUGGUGUGUUGGCUGGCAUUGCCGUCAACAAGUGA